AUGUGGGCAUAUAGGAAUAUGGCUAUGCGUAAGAGGGAACUGCUGCAGAGGGAACUGCUGCAGAGGUUACUUGAUGAAUCUAGAAAACAUGAAGGAAAAGACACGGAUAAAGCACAACUCCUCUUGGACCUCGUCACUCAAUUCGUCUUUGUCGAGCCAAAAGCUGAAUCCAUCGCCGCCGGAACUGCUCUUGGACGUUCCGCCUCUGUUGUAGAUAAAUAUGAGAUAUUUCGACAAGGCAGAUUAUGA